AUGAUCCCUCAGGCUGGCAUGAUGCCCUGGGGCAUGUACCCAGCAGGGCAGAUGGCGGCGUAUCCUGCCGCCGGCGGAGGCUAUGUCAUGUACCCCGCAGCAGCCGCCGCCGCGCAGUACAACGCCGCCGCGAUGGCGCAGCAGCAGCAGCAGGCGGCGUUCGCGCAGCGGCAGCAGCUGCAGCAAGCAGGUGGCGACGGAGGGGCGAGGGGCAAGGACGGCGCUGGCGCCGGCGCGGCGCGCGGGGGCUCCGGCCGGUACGAGGGCGGCGGCGUGGGCGUGCGCUACAACAGCAGCGGCGCGCUCAGCGAGGACAGCGGCGAGGGCAGCGGCAGCUACCCGGCGGCUUCCGGCGCGGCCGCGGCCGGCUACCAGCGCAUCACCGGGGCCUACGUGGCGGGCGGCGGCGGGGGCUAUGGUGGGGCGAUGCAGGGGGUGCUGACGACGCUGUACGUGGGUAACCUGGCGCCCGAGGUGGACGAGGCAGCGCUGUCGGCGCACUUCACGCAGUUUGGGCCUGUUGACCGCGUCCAGGUCAUCCGCGACAGGGAGACCGGCGAGCCCCGCGGCUACGGCUUUGUCACUUUCAACAGCGCCGCCCCGCAGGCCGCGGCCUCCGCGAUGGCCGCCCUCAACGGUGCCGCGCUCGACGGCGCCUUUGGCGGCCGCACCAUACGCGUGUCCCCCAGCAAUAAGUGGCGCGGCAGCGACGGCGGGGCCGGCGGCGGUGGCGGGGCCGGCGGCGCGGCGGCGAACGGGGUGCAGCUGCAUGCGCAGCAGGUCGGGGGGCACCAGGUGCAGGCGGUCCCCGGCGUCCACAUGAUGGGCCACGUCCAAAUGGCGCCGGCGGGGAUGGCCACUGGCGGGCGCUAG